CUCCAUCCAAAUCGGCAACAGUGAGGAUCAAGGUAACACACCAACGUUUCUCUUGGAUUUGUCUUAAAAAUCAGAAUUUUUCAGUAAGGAUGAUGACCUGAACUACAGAUUAAAUCUAUUGAAGCGUAUCUUCCAGGCCCUGUAUGAUAUAUGGAGAACUCUAAGAUAUAGCCUGGAUAGUAACUUACCUUCUGAAGAACAGAUUUAGUGUUCGAUUCUUCUGCAAUGGUUAAUUCACACAGAAAACUAAUAUUUCAUAUUUACAUAGGAUUUUAUUGCUCAGCAAUCACCCUGCCCAAAAUAUGCGUUUGUUCUCAGUUCUCAACGCCAUUUAUUAAUCAGUUCAGUAAGGAUCCUGAGGCUUUCCCGGUAACCACCAAUGGGGAACCAUUUCCUUGGCGUGACCUAAGGCUACCUCACAUGGCCAUUCCCCUCCACUAUGACCUCCUUGUCCACCCAAAUCUCACCUCCCUGGAUUUUGCUGCAUCUGAGAAGAUUGAGAUCUUAGUCAGAGAAGCUACCCAGUUUAUCAUCUUGCACAGCAAAGACCUUGAAAUCAUGAAUGCCACCCUUCACUCAGAGGAAGAUUUGAGAUACAAGAAACCAGGGAAAGAGCUGAAAGUGUUGAGUUAUCCUGCUCAUGAACAAAUUGCACUACUGGUUCCAGAAGAACUUAUUGCUGAUGUGAGAUACUAUGUGGCUAUUAACUUCCAAGCCAAGUUAGCUGAUGGAUUUGAAGGGUUUUAUAAAAGCACAUACAGAACUUCUGGUGGUGAAACAAGAACAAUUGCAGUAACGGAUUUCCAGCCAACUGAAGCACGUAUGGCUUUCCCUUGCUUUGAUGAACCAUUGUUCAAAGCCAACUUUACAAUCAAGAUAAGAAGAGAGAGCAGACACAUUGCUCUAUCCAACAUGCCAAAGGUUCGGACAAUUGAACUGAAAGAAGGCCUCUUAGAAGAUCACUUUGAAGCAACUGUAAAAAUGAGUACUUACCUUGUAGCCUAUAUAGUUUGUGAUUUCAACUCUGUAAGUGGCACAACCUUAUCAGGGGUCAAGGUGUCCAUCUAUGCAUCCCCAGAAAAAUGGAGUCAAACACAUUAUGCUUUGGACACAUCACUGAAGCUGCUUGAUUUUUAUGAAAACUACUUUCAUAUCAGCUAUCCAUUACCAAAGCUGGAUCUGGUUGCCAUUCCUGACUUUGGGCCUGGAGCCAUGGAAAAUUGGGGCCUUAUCACAUAUAGAGAGACAUCACUGCUCUUUGAUCCCAAGACGUCUUCUGCUUCUGACAAACUGUGGGUCACCGAGGUCAUAGCCCAUGAACUAGCACACCAGUGGUUUGGCAACCUGGUUACAAUGGAGUGGUGGAAUGAUAUUUGGCUCAAUGAGGGUUUUGCAACAUACAUGGAGCUUAUCUCUAUUAAUGCUACAUAUCCAGAACUACAGUUUGAUGAUUAUUUUUUGAAUGUAUGUUUUGAAGCAAUUGCAAAAGACACAUUGAAUUCAUCCCGACCUAUUUCCAAUCCAGCGGAAACUCCUACUGAAGUACAGGAAAUGUUUGAUGUGGUUUCCUAUAAUAAGGGAGCUUGUAUUUUGAAUAUGCUCAAGGAUUUUCUGACUGAUGAGAAAUUCCAGGAAGGAAUAACUCACUACAUAAGGAAGUUCAGUUACAGAAAUGCUAAGAAUGAUGAUUUGUGGGGAAGUCUGUCAAAUAGUUGUUUAGAAGGUGAUUUUAUAUCUGGUGGAUUUUGCUAUUCCAAUUCCAAGAUGACAAGUAACACACUCAGCUUUCUGCAGAAGAAUGUGGAAAUCAACGAGAUGAUGAAUACAUGGACUCUCCAGAAAGGAAUCCCGCUCGUGGUGGUUAAACAAGAAGGGCGUUCACUGAGACUACACCAGGAGCUUUUCCUGAAGGGAGUUUUCAGAGAGGACCCUGAAUGGGGGACUCUGCAGGAAAGGUACCUUUGGCAAAUCCCACUGACAUACUCCACGAGUUCUUCUAAUAUGAUUCACAGACAUGUUCUAAAAUCAAAGAGAGAUACUCUGGAAUUACCGGAAAAGACCAGUUGGUUGAAAUUCAAUGUGGACUCAAAUGGCUAUUACAUCGUUCAUUAUGAGGGGCAUGGCUGGGACCACCUCAUUACACAGUUGAAUCAGAACCACACACUUCUCAGACCUAAGGACAGAGUAGGUCUAAUUCAUGAUGCAUUUCAGCUGGUUAGUGCAGGAAGAUUGACCCUCGACAAAGCCCUGGACCUGACUCGCUAUCUCCAACAUGAAACAAGCAGUCCUGCACUCCUCAAAGGUCUAGGACACUUAGAAUUGUUAUACCACAUGAUGGAUGGAAGGAAUAUCUCAGAUGUCACUGAAAACCUCAAGCAUUACAUUCUCCGGUAUUUUAAGGCAAUGAUUGACAAGCAAAGCUGGAGUGACGAGGGCUCGAUCUUUGACAGGCUGCUUCGCUCAGCUCUCUUGAAGUUGGCCUGUGAUCUGAACCAUCCUCCCUGCACCCAGAAGGCAGCUGAACUCUUCUCUCGGUGGAUGGAGUCCAGUGGAAAACUAAAUAUCCCAGCAGAUGUUUUAAAGAUUGUGUAUUCUGUGGGUGCCCAGACAACAGGAGGAUGGAAUUACCUUUUAGAGCAAUACGGACUGUCAAUGUCAGGUGCUGAAAAAAACAAAAUUCUGUAUGCACUGUCAACCAGCAAACAUCAGGAAAACUUAGUGAAGUUAAUCAAACUAGGAAUGGAAGGAAAAGUUAUCAAGACCCAGGACUUUGCACCUCUUCUUCAUGCGAUUGCUAGAAAUCCAAAGGGGCAGCACUUGGCCUGGAAUUUUGUAAGAGAAAAUUGGACCCAUCUCCUAAAAAAAUUUGACUUGGGUUCAUUUGCGAUGAGAGUGAUUAUCUCUGGCACAACGUCUCACUUUUCUUCCAAGGAUGAGUUGCAAGAGGUGAAACUGUUCUUUCAAUCCCUUAAGGCCCAAGGAUCACACCUGGAUAUUUUUCAGAUUGUUCUGGAAACCAUAACCAACAACAUUAAGUGGCUAGAGAAGAAUCUUAACACUCUGAAGACCUGGCUACUGGUUAAUGUUUAAAUGGUCGCUAGAGAGUACAUCAGACACAGGCUCUGUCUACAUGAAGUCAAACAGAACAAAUAAUGCCAGCAAAGUUCAAGUCAGAGUUCUGGAUACUUUGUCUAACCAGUAAGAAGCCUGAAGAAAUCAGACAGCACAGGGACAGACAGAUAUACGAUGUAAGGGUAGGGGAAGGCCAGUUCAAUAGACUAUGAUGAUUUAAAAGUAAACAUCCUGAAUAAUGGGUAUAUGUGGAUACGCAGACACACACACACAUAUAGUUUGGCCUCAACACAGGCCUUCUACAUUGUUUCACACUAUACGACUAUUUUGCUUCUUUAAUUUUUUUUUUAACAUUGCUUAGUAUCCUGAAGUUUACCCAACCAGUUUUACUUCCAGCAAAAAAUAGCCAGUCUAUUAAAAAAAUCUGUUUCAUAUGCAUCCUUCCAUCCCAUCACUCUCUCCAACCUUCAAUUCAGCCUGAACUGAAUAAUUAAACAUUUAAUUUUUACCAUUAAUGGAGUAUCCGAUACAAAUUAUGAAGGAUAAAGACCAGAAAGCCAGAGACUUUGUCACCAAAUCUCAGAUUAUUUGAAACUAGAUGUCAGAGUUUAUCAAGAAAGCCAGAAGGGACUUUUAGCUUGAACCUCACACUCAUGAAGAUCCUCAAGGAUAGACUUUUGGGGUUAUCUCCAAACGAAGUUGACUUUGCAGUCACAGAGGUACAGGAGAGAAAGAAGAUACUCACCAUACAACUUUAACCUAUGCACUAAUACCAUUUUUAACAAAUCUCUUGAAAGUUGCAGAAGUAGAUUACAUAGGAUGUUUUCAGUAAAAUCAUGUUUUAAUGUAAAUAUUUUUAAUCUGUCUAUAUUUUGUAACUCAGUUUUGGAAUUUCUUCAUAUUUUAAUAUUCAGGGAAUAGUUUAAUCUCUCAAAUACCCUGCUGGAUGCUUCUCUUAAUUGUUUGAAAAGGUAGUUUGGGACAAAUAAAGAAAAUACUACCCAGACAGUAGGAAACUUAACAAACACAUGAUCCCACAUUUGGAUCAGUAUGAAAACGUAAAUAAGUUUUAGAAAGAUAAAAGACUUGAAUCAGUAUAUAGGUGACUGACUUAUCCAGGCUGUUAAGGAAAGCUGGGGAUGUCGAGGUGUGUGUGUGUGUGUUGGGGUGUGUGUGUGUAGGGGAGUGUUAUCUAAUACAUUUUUGGGAUGACAUGACAUAAUGAAAAUCAGCUAUAGCUUCCAUAGACGUUUCUCUGCUGCCAUAGUCAGAGACACGAUACAGUUUAGAUGGACCAUGGGUGUAACUCAAUUCACAUUUUAAGUUUGUUCUUGAAUCAUUUCUUGGAAUCUUUGAAGCAUCUUUGACUCUAGAUUUGACUUGGUAAUGGACCUAUCUUGGUCUUUAUAAGACCUAAGUGAUAUCCCUCUGAAGUUACAUGUACUUUAGCAUAAGGAAAUUGAAAGAGUAAAGAAUACUAUUUUUUUCCACCUGAUGAUAUGUAAAUUAAAGAGUAAAAUGUGUAUGAGUUUUGGUAGAAUUGUGUCAUCAAUGUUUCCAUAAAUACACUGGGUUCUUUCUUUUGUGCAGUAAUUCAUCUACUAUAAAGUUUCAAGUUUUUAAUUCUCUUCCUUACUUAAAUACAAUAUUGAUUACUUUUGUCAUUUUUAGGAUUCUUAAGAAAUGAGUAGAAAGUUGCAAUUUUAUUGCUUAGAAAAUGAGAAUUGCUAUGUCACAAAUGUUUGAUGAAUAAAUAGUUUUUAAAAAAA